AUGGCGGUCUCUGGCGUCUUCCAUCGGCGGAUCCGCGACCGCCCGACGGAGAAGUCGAUUGGGCUGGCGGUGCCCUGGGAACGACUGUUGAUGGUUUUGUAUGCGGUCAGUGCGCUCAUCAUGGCGUUGAAUGUCUGUCAUCCGAGUCAAGUGCUCCGGGAGAAGGGGUUUUAUGAAGAGCCCUUGGUGUGA